AUGCUAAAACGACCCAGAACCAUCAGUGCCUCGGCAGAUAAGCAAAGAAAACCAAAGCUCAAGCCGCAGAAGGCUCGAAAGAUUAUCCGCCGUUUCCAUGUUUUACAAAAGAACAAAGCUGCCCUUCUAAAACUCCUCGACCUCGAUGAAUCAAACUACAUAAACAGACUUGGAAAGACGUACACCGAGCAGUUUGAACAGUUCAAGCUUGGAAAGAAACCUGAACUCUUCAAGUUUGAUAGUGCAAUGCCAAGGGAAAGUCUUGGACAAAUGGUGGCCAGAAUCGAUAAGGAAGUAGAGCUUCGUGGAGGACUCCAUAUCUACCAAAUGGCAUCUACAGUGGGCCAGGCGUCUGAAAGAGGAGGAGAUUCAUCUAAGAAGCUUGUGGAAUGGUAUAGGGAGCUCGGAAGAAGUGCUGGAAGAAGUUUGGAGAUUGGAUGUCUUAGUCCUAAUAACAGUAUCUCUACUAGUGGGUUGUUUGGAGAGGUUACAAGGAUAGACUUGAACUCACAGGACCUGAAGAUUCUCCAGCAGGACUUUAUGGAGCGGCCAUUGCCUGAGAGUGAUAGGGAGAGGUUUAAUGUGAUUUCGUGUUCGUUGGUGUUGAACUUUGUGCCUUCUGCUGAACAAAGAGGCCAGAUGCUACGAAGAAUGACCCAGUUUCUUCUUCUGCCGGUGGAAGGAAACCCGCUGAGCGUGUUUAUGGUGUUGCCGUUGCCGUGUGUUUCGAAUUCACGGUAUAUGAGUCGAGAAUUGUUUUUGGAUAUUAUGGAAAGAGUUGGGUUUAGCCAGGUGAAGUACCAUGAAGCGAAUAAGGUGGCAUAUUGGCUCUUUGACUGGUCUGGAAAACGGAAGGUUGUUGCUAAGAAGGAGAAGAAACGGGAGAUUCUUUCGGGGUCAACGAGGAACAAUUUCUAUGUUGCUCUUUGA